AUGUUAAUCUCAUGCAACUUGUAUAUGGGAAUUGUGCAUCAGGGUCUUCAAAUAAGAAGCAAGACAGCUGCAAGGAGGAAGAAAGUGAGGAUGAUGAAUUCUUCAAGCCUUAAGGGGAGGGAAACAAGGUCCGUCCUUAAAUUGAAGGAAGGAAUUGAUGAUGGUAGCGUGGAUGUUGAAGACUGCUCCAAAUUCAUUCACUAUGCAAGUGAAAAGGAUUGGAGGAGUGAAGAUUUAAUUGAAAGCAUUCGUGAUCUUUUUGUUACUGGAGGCUGGUCUAAGGCUGCAUUGAGAGAUGAAGACAAUUAUAGCAAAAAUGAUGCCAAAGUUAGCCGUGGACAAACUGAUGGAAGUGGGUAUGUUGAUAAGUUAAAGGAGGAAAUUGAACUUCGGAAACAAGUAAAUAUGGCUGAACUCAAUGAACUCGAUGACAUUACUCGUAUUGACAUAGAAGGUUACAGGGCAGGGACUUAUCUUAGACUUGAAGUUUCUAGUGUUCCUUUUGAAACGGUUGAGAAUUUUGAUCCUACUCAUCCUAUUCUUGUUGGAGGACUUGCCCUCGGAGAGGAGAAUGUCGGAUAUAUGCAGGUACGGCUGAAGCGGCAUAGAUGGCACAAGGAAGUAUUGAAGACUAGAGACCCAAUUAUUGUUUCUAUGGGAUGGAGACGCUAUCAAACCAUUCCCAUAUAUGCCAUUGAGGACUGCAGCGGUCGAUAUCGCAUGCUCAAAUACACUCCUGAACACAUGCAUUGUGUUGCCAUGUUCUGGGGUCCACUUGCACCUCCCCAUACUGGAGUAGUUGCUGUUCAGAAAUUAUCUAAUAACCAGGUAUAA